UUUAGCGUUUUUAAUUAAUUUCUACUUUAUGAAUAUUCUUUUGAAUAAAAGAAUGAAAAAAUCUCCAGUCGCACAUCGCUAUCUGACGUGCCACAUUAUAUUUUCUUGGGAAUAAAUAUAAGCAAAAAUUACUAACUUCAAAAUCAUGUUCCAGACAACAGAAUUUGGUAUACUAUUUGUACAUGUUCUAUCAGUGCAUAACUAUGGCCAAAAUAGCAGGAGCUAUAGAUGAACUCUUAAAAGAAGCAAAUGAAUUAUGUAUUGGUACGGAAGUGGUGGAAUUAGACCAAACACCAGAUCCAUUGACAUUUGCUCGUGAUUUCUAUGCAAAAUGCCAACCCGUGGUAAUACGUGGUGCAAUAAAACAUUGGCCUGCGGUGCAUAAAUGGAAACCAGCAUAUCUCGAGCAAAUGUUGGGCAAGAAAAUGUUAGAUGUGACUACAACGCCUAAUGGAUAUGCCGAUGGUUUGGCGAAACAAGGUGAUAUCGAGUAUUUCGUAUUGCCUAUGGAAGAAAAGAUGCGUAUAAGUGAAUUCUUACAGAGACUAGACGAUCCUACUGGUGCUAUACACUAUAUACAAAAGCAAAAUUCAAAUUUUACCACCGACUUUCCAGAGUUAGCGGGCGAUAUUGAUGUAAGCGAUUUACGUUUUGCAGAACAUUGUCUAAAUACACCACCUCUGGUAAAUUUCUGGAUGGGUGAUGGACACGCCGUUACAUCGAUGCACAAAGAUCCUUUUGACAAUUUAUAUUGUGUUAUAUCGGGUCAUAAGGACUUCAUAUUACUCCCACCGCAUCAAGUCGUGAAUAUACCGCGUCAAGUUUAUCCUGUUGGAAAGUACCAACGGAGUGAGACUGGUCAGUUUUAUAUUGAGCCAGUGAUGAAUGAAAAUUCGAACAAACUAGAUACCAUGCGCACAGAAUGGAUAAGUGUUGAUCCCUUAGCACCAGAUUUCAAUAAAUAUCCACAAUACUCGCGUGCACAAACACUACGAGUGCGUGUUAAUGCUGGUGAUAUAUUAUUUUUGCCAAACUUUUGGUUUCACCAUGUACAGCAAAGCCACAAGUGUAUAGCAGUGAAUUUUUGGUAUGACAUGGAGUACGACAGUCGAUAUUGUUUCUUUCGUAUGUUGGAGAAGCUGGUGGAAGCGGUGAAGACAUAAUUAUAGCCUAAUUUACUUAACUUCAUUUUUAUUUUUAUAGUUACAAAUUUUAUAUUGGUAUGUAUUUACCGCGUUUUUUCAAUAAAAAUCAUUUUAUCUCAUUAAAUAUUCCUUUCAUUCUACGCAUGUGUUGGAACGUAUAUGUAAAAAUUCAAUGGAAAAUUUAACACGCGUGUACAACUAAUUUUUCCUAAAGUUUCUAUUUCCUAUUUAUAGAAGUGCAAGGUGUUUCACAGAUCUUCACAUCUCACAAACAGACUUCUUAUGACAGGAAU